AUGUUCCAACCACGUCACUCAUCCACAACCGCUAGGAACAAAUUCAACAAGGUAGAUCUAGCCCCAAUUGGCAGUGAAUUUACGCUCUCUAAUCCAAACCACCCUUCUGAAUCACAUAAAGCAGAACCAUCAGUAAAACCGCAACAAAACGCGCCCUUAAAUUUAUACAGUAAUAUUAGUACCAGCUCUAACACCCUUAAACUGGACAAACUUCCCAACCUAGAACAACUACGCAAAUCCUGUAUCUACGACAUCGAUACGCUCGUAUUCUGCUUAUAUGGUCUAGAAUUACAAAGGGACGGGAUCUCGCAAACCCUGCACGCGUCCACACCCGCGGCGCCUGGCGGCACCGCGGGCGAAAAAUCGCCGGCUAAACAACCCUUCAGAUUUGUCAAGGUCCCAGAGGGAAAGCGUCCCCCCCACCACCCUCACAAAAAAGAUAAACAACUAGUGCAGUUCAACUUUGAAUCGGCCCUCCCUUCGCCAUCGCUUCUUACUGCCCCUUCUAAACUCUCAACCCCGCCAGAUAUCAAACCCAGCCAAUGCACACAACCCCUGCCUACCCCUGCCUGUGCCACCAAUGGCGACGGGCCGCUAAGGGGCUCCGAAAAGGCCGUGCGGGGACCAAUUCCCGGCCUGAAGCCGCAAACACUGCCCGCGCAACCCGAUGAUGAAGAAAAAAAAGACGAUGAAAAGGAAGUGUCUUUCCUGGAACGAGUUCUUGGAAGAGAUCUGGAAGAAAACGAACACAUUUCAGUUCCACUGAGUUCAAUACCACCCAGAGCAGGCGUAAAUGAACUCUCUUGGCAAUAUAAGGACCCAAGCGGGGGGAUUCAAGGACCAUUCACCUCACGACAAAUGUUCGAAUGGUGGGAAAAGAACUUCUUCCCUCCAAAGCUAUUGGUACGAUACAGUGUCAACAUGCCCUGGACAUCUUACCGCGUCCUCUACCCAGAACCUGUAACGCCCUUUCUUUCCCCGCCCAAUAGGUACAUUGUUAAGGCUUCCUCCACUCCCGAGGCUCCUGUGGACCAGCGCGGCGCAGAGGCCCUCAGCAUCGCCAAGCAGAUGCGAGUGCUUCUGAGCUCAAUCGAACCUACCAUUGAGUCACAUAACUCCCCAUUGGGUGGAGUGGAACCGUUGGCCUCUCAUCGAGGCGGCCCUUCACCGGAUAGGCAGGGGUCCCAAGUAGGAUGGGUGGCUGGAAAACCUAAGGCAGAACCACUGGCUGAGAUCAUGGCAAGGCAAGCGGACGAGGCGGGUGCCACGUGUUCCGCGGCUCAGGAGCCAUCCUUACAUCUAGGCCACUCCCGUGCUGAUGGCCCGGGCGGGGUCUGGGGGCCGCAUGAUAAGUAUGCGACCCCCAGACGGACUGGCUCUGACCCCAAAUGCACAUGGGACGCACCACGACCCAACGGAAUGCCAUUGGCCAGUUGGAUUCGGGAGGACAGGCAAAAUACACCUGAGGUGCAAACCACGGCCCCCGUCAACGGCCCGGUCCUCGAGCUCAAUCGCAUGCUGGAGGAGUGGCAGAUCAAGAUCGAUCCAUGUUUGUUGGGUAUUUUAUUCAGCCUUAAGAGUGAGGCGAACAUUUUGAUAUUUCUCAAGCACGCUGCGAAGGGGUCUGCGGAGCGGCACGCUGCCUUUGCGGCCUACCUUAACAAACUGAGGGAAAGGUACCCUGCGGAAUGGGCACAGAUGAUGCGGGAGACGACGCUCAAGUCAUCCAAGGCUUCUUUUCGUAGCUCUGGGCGUGCACGAUCGAGUCAACCAGGGCUUCCUUCUGUAGCCCGGGGUGAAGGGGUUUGCGCAGUUCAAAGGGCUGACUGUAAUUUUAUCUGA